AAGAGAACUGCGAACUGCGUCCAUUAGAUUUGUACGCGUAAUUUCUCAUAGUCGCCAUUUUCCACGGAAAUCAGCGGCAUGAUUCAAAGAUGGAACACAGUGUGGGUUUUACGAAGGGAGUGAGAACAAUUUGAAUGCAUAUUGUAGGUUAUUGUGCAUCAUGAGUGAUUUCCUGAAGCAUGGGUUACAAGAAUUGUGCGUAAAGUAGGGUCUGUUGUAAACGUCAACAACACGCAACUGCCGCCAUUUUCCACGGACGCACCGCCAUUUUUCACGGAAGAUGAGAAUAUACGCAUAGCAAACCGCCAAGUAUGAGAAGCGUGCGCGUAGCAUUUCAGGGCUUCGCAGUUCUCUUCCCUGGAGGACUCUAGUUUCCCAGAGUCCGCUCGGCUCAUAGCCGCACAAUCAAAUUUUUCAUACUUCCGCUGAAUCGAAGAUUGCCCACACUGCAUUCAUUGCGACUUCCAUCGCCGUCACUCUUGCUUCGCUUUCGCUGCGCCGGAGUGCCAUCUUUUCCGGUCUGAACCGACACGAGCAGUUUCACGACCUUUCCUUCAGCCUGCGGUAUUCCUUCAGGAGUCACAUCCGACAUCGCGUCGCCUUCCAAGGAUUUACGCCUGAUUCAGCCUUGCCGAGUGGAUCGCCGCUGCAGUCUACUUCGGGGCGGCAAGCUCGUGGUUGGGAACUGCAGACGACGUGACUCGACGCGGAGAGCCAACCCUUGGCAGCGGGACACGCGGCAUCAGCAACAUCCAGCAUCGGCAGCAUUUUGGACCCAGCGGUUCGCAGUCGGCGUUCUCACCAGGCAGUGGCAGCCAUGGAUCUCCUCUCCCUGCCGGACGACGCGUUGCUGGCCGUGCUGGCCUUCCUGCCCUCCAGGGAGCUCCUCAGCCUUCGCGUUUUGUGCCGCCGCCUCCGAGACAUUUGCCUGCACCCCGACCUGUGGCGACGCCGUGCUUUGGGACACCUAGGGAACUUAGACGAAAACGACUAUGAGCAAGAACAAGGCCUUCUGCGCGCUGUCCUGAGACUGGUCCCUUGCCUUGGUAGACUCAUUGGUUAUGUAGAUGAUUUUGAAUUUAUGGCGUCUAUGGUGCCUACCACUUCAUGUGUUAUAUCUGAGCUGAAGUUGGGCAUUUACGGAGACGGGGACUCAACCACAAACGUUCUGCAUACAGUACACUCUCUCGGUGGCUUGAAAACGCUCGAUGUUCAUCUUGACGUUGGCUCAAUGACCACGUGUUCUGAAAUCUUAAAUGCCAUCUACAGUCUUAAGGGUUUACGCGAACUGAAGAUUGUCCUGGGAGCCUCUCCAACGUUUCUCUUAGGCCCAUGUCCUCGCCCAUGUCUUAGUUUGGAAGUGGAGCCGUCUCUAACGAAGCUCUGUUUUGUCGAAUCGCUGUUCGACAUUCGCCCUGACGAAGGCUCGGAGCCUUUUCUUAUUUCGUUCCUGGAAACACAUGCUGCCACACUGGAAGAAGUGGAGUUGAGAGGAGUCACUGACGAGAUCGUCUUGUCCCUGUUAGGAAAGUUACCAAACCUGCGUUCUUUAGCCUGCUUCCCGGUUCCUGGGAUCAUGGACUUCGUGCGUCAGUCGUCGCAGCUUCGAUCUGUGUCGAUUCAUGCAUUACGAGAGGUCCCUUCUGCCGCACUGCAGGCUCUCACUGAAUCACGCACUGCCAGCCUUCUUAAAACUCUACACUUAGGUUGCUCCAUGUAUGGCCCAGAUCUCAUGGCUGUGGCUGGUUGCCUGCCCCGGUUCCCUGUGCUGCGUGAACUGUUAUUGAAUGCUUUUCCUUCGGAUGACUUUCUGCGGGCGCUGACACCCACUUCCGCGCCCCGCCUCACCAGGCUGUCUCUUCGUUGUGACAAGAAGUGCUUACACGCUUGGUUGCACGACAUCCGCAUCCAGGACCUGCUUCAAAGAAACCCUCGGCUUCACUUGCAACGUUGCAACAGCACUCGCGACGAGUUCUACGAAUUUUAUAAAGAGGACGCUUACUUCGAAGUCAUCAAUUGUGACUGUAGUUUCUGCGAGAAGGAGAAGAGCCGUGGCCGUCGUUCGUGGUUCUCAUUGCACCGUAGGACGGCUGACUGCCCUCCGGGCUGCUUGCAGGUGGUUCAACUUCCGUGCUCGUCCGCUCUUCCUGCUGAUUCCUCCAACCAGCAAUAAGCCUCGGCAACCACCAGGUUUCGAUAUAAAACUGUGGAAGGGUAUUUAAACGCAGUUGCCUAAUAAAUUCAUGUUCAUCGAAACCUAUUCAUGGCAACCACCACGUUUUGUAUGAAUUGUUGAUGUAAACCAGUGAAACGAUGUUUUGAUGCCGUCGUCUUUUGAAUUCACGUUUAUACUACUCUAACAAAGAACAAGCCUUGGCAAACUACACGUUUUUUGUAUAAAUUGUUAUUGUAAACCUGUGGCAAGGAUGUUCAAAUUGCAGUUGUCUGAUAAAUACAUGUAUACAAAAUCUCUGA